UAAUCGUAGUGGUGGCAUUGGUUGUCAUCCAGGUUUGAUCAGUCGUAUUCGGCAGAGUACAAAACGGCGUGUUGGAUCUAAUCUAUUGAGUCAUUCCGAAAGUGUAAUUGGACGUAGCGGUGGUGAUACGGUAGAAUUGGAAAAUGUGAAUGCAUUCAAUCAACGUAGUUCAAUCGUACGAACAUUAACCGUACCACGACAUAGUGAUGAUAUCAGUUUCAUAUCAGCCUCAGACUACAGCGAAGUUGAAAGCCUUGGCGCAUUGGGUUUCAGUUUGAGCGGCUGGAAAGCGAAAGGUCGAAGUAGUGCAAGUGGUGGAUGUAAGAAAAGUCACGAUGAUUCAUCUGGUGCAAAUAAAACUUUUAACACUACUUCAUUACUCGGGACUUCUGAUAUCGGUUAA